AUGCCGGACGACGAUGAGGCGAAGAAAAAAAUGCGGGUGCGCAUCGAACGAGAUUCAUACUCGGUGCUUUUGUCUUUCAAAGAUGGCGCAACACCAAGACAAGUAGAGCAAAGGAUGGACGAUACCCUCGGUUACACCUACAAUUCCAAAUAUCACUUGGCUGGUGUUCAUGAUAUGUUUCAAAUUCUUAAUGAGCAUAAGCAAGUGCAAUUGAUUCCGGAGGGAAAGUUCAAAAUCAUUGCGACGGAAGAGAACCACGAACUUGUAGCUCUAAUCGCUAAGCAAAAAGACAAAAAGAGAAAUAAAGGAAAAGGUGGAAAAGGAGGGCGUCGAGCCGUUACCUCAAUGGGUCACAAUAGAAAUGGUUUUGGGCAAGGAUUGACACUCCGAUCAUCGCCAAAACUCACUGCCGGAAUGCGUCUAUCUAGCUCAAUGACCAAAACUUUCUACCCAAAAGCAUCUUCGAACGGGUUCAAUGUUUCUCGACCAUCUUCUUCUGCGGCAAACACCCGCACCAGUGCGUUCCCAAAGCAAGGAAACAGGUUGAAUAACUUUUCCAAUCGGCAGUUCAUGUUUGACGUUGCUCCGAAGCCACUGGUGGCUCCAAAGAAAUACCCGCCGCAAAUUCCUCCAUCUCCACAACAACGACCACUUAUGCGGCCUUCGACUUCAGCUGCAUCUGUCUCUUCAAUGAACAACUCGAUUUUAGAUAGUUCAUGGUCUGAUGCUACUCUGGCACCAUCAUCACCAAAAAUAAAUCCUGCCAGUCGCAUUCCUUCUAUUAAGGAAUUCACAGACAACGCGAAGAAAAUGAUGUUGCGUAUGUAUCCGGAAUCGAUUCAUCUCUCUGAGAUGACGGACCGUUACUGUCAAGAAUAUGGUGUCACUAUCGAACCUCUGCAAAUAUUCAGUAAGAGUUGGAUGCUGCUUGUCAAGACAACUUUCAAAGAAUUCCUUCAAAUAAAUGAAGGGCAAGUGUCGAUGAAAGAGGACUGGUACAGGAAAUACGGCUCUGUUCUCUCGCGUUCGCUUCCUGUCAAACCUAUCAUUAUUGUUCCAAAGCCAAAUCCUCCUGAACCCAGCAAACCAUUCCUCCCAAGCAAUCAAGGCUUCCGUUAUCAGAUUCCCACUCGACCGAAAUCUCCCGAAGUUAUUCAAAAAAUGAGAGGUUCAAUAAACAAAUUCAUCCACUACAUUCUAAGUUUAACAUUCUCAGGUCUCACUGUCGGAAAUCGCCUUGCUUUGCAUACUCCUGAAAAACCACCCGGUAUAAGUUUGAAGGCAUCAAUGAAAUCACCCCCCAAACACGAAGUUUUCUUUUCGGAUCCUCAGAAAGUCACACGUGUUCAACAUAUCGAACCAGUUUCAUCUGGGAACACUUUGUAUGAUCAACACCAAUAUGACGCUAGACACCUCCAAAACUUGAAGCACCUUCCAAAGUCCAAGGAAAUGGUUCGCGAUAUACAAUCAUCCUUGAGCGGUAAAGGUUCAGCUCCUCUUCAGCCGCUUCAUGGAUUUUGUGAAAAUUCAGACCAGUCCCUACUGAAGAAAAAUCAGAAGAAAGCAUCCAAGCAACUCGGAAACUUUAACGAUUUACCACCGAUCAUUGUUACUCGUGCACCAGAUGUCCAUGUGAUCAUUCACACAUCUCCAGUCCGAACUUCUACUCAGGUGCGUUCUUCUUCUCUACCUUCUCCUCCCACAAAUCCACUUCGCACUCGUUCUACGGGAGUCAGCUCUAGAUUAUUUGGUCGUGCACUUGGUGACAUAAAAAAGCAAAACGAGACGAAGCAGAUCUCGACAUAUCAGAGAAAUGAAUUAGACACGGUGGCUUAUGAUGCUCCUAUAACUGUCACAUAUACGCGCAAUGAUCCUUCACCGUCGAAGAAUGAUUCAGAUGAUGGCUGGGGUAGUCCUUUACCAUCAGAAAGAAAAUUCAUGGCUCCAAAUCCCGUGAAAACUACAAGCAAGAUGAUUCUGCCUCCAAUGUCGAAAGGAUCGUGCAAAGAUCAAGCCCGUUCUCGCUCUGUCUCAGUUUGCAAAUCAGUUUCAUCGCAAGAUGGAACGAUGCUGGAGAAGGCUCUGGACGCUACUCUCCCAGAUGACGGUUUCUGGUAA